AUGUGCCAUCCUGACAAGCCUUUUACUUCUGAUAAGCUCCAAUGUGUGUUUAAUGAAUACAAAGCCGCGGUCUGGGUGCCGCCUCGGCCGCGGCCGCUCUCCCGCGCUCCUUUGCCAGAAGCUGGCGGAGAGAAUUUACAUUUAAAGAUUAGCACAGUGAGAAAGAGAAAUCUGCCUUUUGUUGUGUGGGGUGAGGAGGAGGCAUACCCUGGCCCUGACGCUAUCUCCCAUCACCUCUGCUACCCAGACAGGACUCACGGAGAUCGUACUGAGAAGCACUCCACAAUGCCAGACUCACCUGUGGAUGUGAAGACACAAUCUAGGCUGACUCCUCCAACGAUGCCGCCUCCCCCAACUACUCAAGGAGCUCCAAGAACCAGUUCAUUUACACCGACAACAUUAACUAAUGGCACGAGCCAUUCUCCUACAGCCUUGAAUGGCGCCCCCUCACCACCCAAUGGCUUCAGCAAUGGGCCUUCCUCUUCUUCCUCCUCCUCUCUGGCUAAUCAACAGCUGCCCCCAGCCUGUGGCGCCAGGCAACUCAGCAAGCUGAAAAGGUUCCUUACUACCCUGCAGCAGUUUGGCAAUGACAUUUCACCCGAGAUAGGAGAAAGAGUUCGCACCCUCGUUCUGGGACUAGUGAACUCUACUUUGACAAUUGAAGAAUUUCAUUCCAAACUGCAAGAAGCUACUAACUUCCCACUGCGACCUUUUGUCAUCCCAUUUUUGAAGGCCAACUUGCCCCUGCUACAGCGUGAGCUCCUCCACUGCGCAAGACUGGCCAAACAGAACCCUGCCCAGUACCUCGCCCAGCAUGAACAGCUGCUUCUGGAUGCCAGCACCACCUCACCUGUUGACUCCUCAGAGCUGCUUCUCGAUGUGAACGAAAACGGGAAGAGGCGAACUCCAGACAGAACCAAAGAAAAUGGCUUUGACAGAGAGCCUUUGCACUCAGAACAUCCAAGCAAGCGACCAUGCACUAUUAGCCCAGGCCAGCGGUACAGUCCAAAUAACGGCUUAUCCUACCAGCCCAAUGGCCUGCCUCACCCCACCCCACCUCCACCUCAGCAUUACCGUUUGGAUGAUAUGGCCAUUGCCCACCACUACAGGGACUCCUAUCGACACCCCAGCCACAGGGACCUCAGGGACAGAAACAGACCUAUGGGGUUGCAUGGCACACGUCAAGAAGAAAUGAUAGAUCACAGACUAACAGACAGAGAAUGGGCAGAAGAGUGGAAACAUCUUGACCACCUGUUAAACUGCAUAAUGGACAUGGUAGAAAAAACAAGGCGAUCUCUCACCGUACUAAGGCGGUGUCAAGAAGCAGACCGGGAAGAAUUGAAUUACUGGAUCCGGCGAUACAGUGACGCCGAGGACUUAAAAAAAGGUGGCGGCAGUAGCAGCAGUCACUCCAGGCAGCAGAGUCCCGUCAACCCAGACCCAGUUACACUAGACGCGCAUCGGGAAUUCCUUCACAGGCCUGCAUCUGGAUACGUGCCAGAGGAGAUCUGGAAGAAAGCUGAGGAGGCCGUCAACGAGGUGAAGCGCCAGGCGAUGACGGAGCUGCAGAAGGCCGUGUCUGAGGCGGAGCGGAAAGCCCACGACAUGAUCACGACAGAGCGGGCCAAGAUGGAGCGCACGGUCGCCGAGGCCAAGCGUCAGGCAGCAGAGGACGCACUGGCAGUUAUCAAUCAGCAGGAGGAUUCAAGCGAGAGUUGCUGGAAUUGUGGCCGUAAAGCGAGUGAAACCUGCAGUGGCUGUAACACAGCCCGAUACUGUGGCUCAUUUUGCCAGCACAAAGACUGGGAGAAGCACCAUCACAUCUGUGGACAGACCCUGCAGGCCCAGCAGCAGGGAGACACACCUGCAGUCAGCUCCUCUGUCACGCCCAACAGCGGGGCUGGGAGCCCGAUGGACACACCACCAGCAGCCACUCCGAGGUCAACCACCCCGGGAACCCCUUCCACCAUAGAGACAACCCCUCGCUAGACGUGAACUCAGAACUGUCGGAGGAAAGACAACCAACGCAAAACCAAUUCCUCAUCCUCAGAUGCUCAAAGUUGUUUUUUUGUUUGUUUGUUUAUUAGAUGAAUUAUCCUAUUUCAGUACUUCAGCAAGAGAGAACCUAACUGUAUCUUGAGGUGGUAGUAAAACACAGAGGGCCAGUAACGGGUCGUAAUGACUUAUUGUGGAUAACAAAGAUAUCUUUUCUUUAGAGAACUGAAAAGAGAGCAGAGAAUAUAACAUGAAAUGAUAGAUUUGACCUCCUCCCUGUUAUUUUCAAGUAGCUGGGAUUUUAAACUAGAUGACCUCAUUAACCGAUGCUUUACCAAACAGCAAACCAAGAGAUUGCUAAUUGCUGUUGAAAGCAAAAAUGCUAAUAUUAAAAGUCACAAUGUUCUUUAUAUACAAUAAUGGAA